AUGGUUAUGACAACGCCCCCUUCACUGCCCCUGCGGUGUGUCGGUUUACUCACGGCUCACACUGUGAGUGUACGUGUUACAGCACUGGGGGAUGGAGUAAAAGAAGGAAGGCAUGGAUCACAUUGAAGAAAAAACAAGCAAAACGGUCGACAUCUAUCGCGACACAUGGGUCCGCUUCUUAGGCUAUGCCAAUGAGGUCGGGGAAGCUUUCCGUGCUCUAGUGCCGAAGAGUUUCGUGUGGGGCAGCUAUGCUGUGGCCACUGCAUACGUUACUGCUGAUGCUGUGGACAAAGGGAAGAAAGCAGCUGAGGCCCACGGGGAUAACCCAGGGAAGACGACGCGGGUAGCGGUGGCUGUGGUGGACACGUUUGUCUGGCAGGCCCUCGCCUCUGUUAUCAUCCCGGGCUUCACCAUUAACCGUGUGUGUGCUGCGUCACUACACCUGCUGGGAAAAACCACUAAGUUGCCCCUGCCUGUCCGCAAGUGGACCACCACGGCUAUAGGCCUCUCUACAAUCCCCUUCAUCAUCAGUCCUAUAGACAGGGGAGUGGAUUACCUGCUUGAUGCGAGCAUUCGGAAGGUCUACAAUGAGGAAGAGAAGCACAAAUAAGGACCAAUCCUGCCGGACGAAUUGCCCUUUCCGCUGUCCUGUCGACACACUGUAGAGCUGUGCUGGUUCUCCACUCUGUGAAGCACUAAAGAAGUGUGAAGAGUAAUUUCAUAGAGCAAGACUCCACAGUUAGUCAAAAGAAACGCAUAAUAAAAUAUUUUCCAUGUAUAAUAUAAGUAUGUUACGUUUUUAAAGGUGAAGUCCAGCUCCAUGAAAGUAUCAUCUUUGAGAACCGUGACUUUAACCUCUCAGGGCAAUCUGGAUAGCGAUACCAACAUACAGUAGUACCAGUAUGAAAUAUUUAUAAAUAUGACAGUAAAGAUCCCGCUUUAUAUAUUAUUCUCCGGCAGGGAUACAGUGUGCGGUUAUAUUGUUGUGAUCUUCCUCCACAGUUGUCCUCAUGGUUUAGAGUUGUGGAAUCUCAUGGCCAGAUGUUAGGGACAUUAAAUACAAAUCCUCACUAGCUGUUUUUCUGUUGUACUGAAAUACCAGGCCAAAAAAAAGCCAGUUUGCCAUAAAGUCACUCUUAUGCAUUUCUUACAUAAAGUUUAUCUACGACUGCUGUUUUUUCUCUCUCUGAAAACCAACCUUACUGUUACUUUGAAGAGAGUAUAUAGUGUGUUCUGACUUUUCUGUUGGUCAUGGGAGCCAAAGUUUGCACUGGGAGCAUUUUUUAUAAUCUAUAUUAUUCUAGAUGAUAUAUGGUUUUCUUAAACUAAGCAUACUUGUAGUAACACUAAAGUAGAACUUCACAAAUAUUUGAUUUAUUUCUCACUAAUAUCUAAAAUGUUGUUCAGUAAGUCUGUAGUCAAACAGAAAUGUCUGGAAAUGUUAAACACCUUUUUCAAACACCUGUAACUAAUGUAAGACUACUUGAAAAACCACGCCACUCCAAACAUGCUUUUGGUUUUGUUUCUUCAAGUUAAACAUGCUUAUCAUCAGGAUACUUUCAUUUAGAACAUGUUUGAUAAAUGUAGUGCUGAUUUCCUCAAAUACUUGUGAAGGUGCUGUUGCUAUGCAGAAAGGGGUUUAAGGGAAUCUUUUUAAACCAACCAAUAUUGUAUGUUUUUAUUAUUCAAUGAUGUUCUUUGAGGAGCCAAGUCAUAUACUGUAUCUCAUGCUGAACUAUGCAAGGGAAUUUCUUUAAAUAUGUUGUUGCAUAACUUGAAAUAAAAAGGAAAAUCUGAAAGUUAAUUUAGCUUGAAAUUUGGAUAAGCUGUCACUAAGAGGAACAGGAAUGGUUGUCGUUGCCAACUUUAUAACUGUAGUGUACCAUAUAGCAAUACUUUUUGUUAAAUGUGUUUGUCUCACAUCAUAUUCUCUUUACCGUGAAGGGUGUGGUUCACAUUGUCAUGGAGAGAUGUGCUGAAAAAUUGUGAAAAGUUGUGAUGAAUCCAUUCUGUUUUUACUUGCUGAUGCUACAUGUUUAAUAUUCAAUAACCAGAUCAGUUCACAAUGCAUGAUAUUUUUUUAUCACUGUUUUAAUACAUUGACACAAAUGCACAAGCUUCAAUGUGGCAAUAUUGGAUGUUCAUCAAGCACAGACCUUACUUUACCUUGUGUAAGGGCAUAUCAUGUUUUUCAUGUGAGGCAAGUUGACGUGUAAUAGCAGGAACAGCAGACUAUGUAACAAAGACCCCAUUCUACAGACACUUGAAGUGUCCCGAUGGGCCAGCGACUGGGACAUUUCAAUGUAAGGCAACCACAAACAAUGCUAUUGAUUACACUUUUCCUGCUAUAGAAAGCAUAUUGGUGCAUCCCAUGUGAAAAUCUAUAUAUUCAUAUUCAAUUUAACAUUUCAGAAUAUUUUAUUUUCUUCGUAAAGGUUUCUGAACAUUUUCUUAUGUGGCAGUGUGUUCAGAAGGAGGUGUUGAGAGCCUUUUCACAGUUUCAGCCGUAACUGAAAAAAUAUAAUCAGACCUCAUUCUUUGUUUUCCAUGUGCUGUUAUAUUUCACAAUGUGGAGAUUCUUUUUUUCAAAUGUGAAAGCAAAUGUUGAAAACUGAAGCUCUGCUUAUUGCAAUGGUCUUCAAGUUUUCCUUUUGUGUAACAACAUCUGACAUGCUGGAGAAAAGCAAUCUGUUGUGAAAUAAAUGAUCUAUGACAAGCA